GGGCGGGGAGGGCCGGGCCGGGCGGCGGCGAGGAGCCCGCCGGGAGCGCAGCCGGGGCCGUGGGUGCGCGACGGAGACAGCCCCGGCCCCGCCGAGCCGGGCCGAGCAGCGUUUCAGGGGUGCCUGUUGGACACAAGAGCCAACAUGAACGUGGGGACAGCGCACAGCGAGGUGAAUCCCAACACCCGGGUCAUGAACAGCCGGGGCAUCUGGUUGUCCUACAUCCUUGGAAUUGGGCUGCUGCACGUCGUGCUCCUGAGCAUCCCCUUCUUCAGUGUCCCCGUGGUUUGGACUCUUACCAACAUCAUUCACAACAUGAGCAUGUACAUCUUUCUCCAUACCGUGAAAGGAACUCCUUUUGAGACUCCGGACCAGGGCAAGGCUCGGCUGCUCACGCACUGGGAGCAGAUGGACUAUGGAGUGCAGUUCACGGCGUCCCGCAAGUUCCUCACCAUCAUGCCCAUCGUCCUGUAUUUUCUAACCAGCUUUUACACAAAGUACGACCGGAUCCACUUCGUCAUCAACACCAUCUCCCUCAUGAGCGUCCUGAUCCCCAAGCUGCCGCAGCUCCAUGGCGUCCGGAUCUUUGGCAUCAACAAGUACUGAGCUGCGUGGCUGGGGCGAAUGCAAGAGGAGCAGGGGGAGAGGGGGAUGUUCCUUCUCUCUAGUUCCGUUUCUUCUUCCCCACGCAGACUGGGAUGCAAUUUCACAGCAGCUGUUUAACUGCAGUAUCCCAUAGACAUACACCGCAUGCUGGAUCCUCACGCCCAAUAAACCUAAACCAGCUCCAGAGUAGAGUUUAGUGGAAGCAGGAUGCGUGGCACUGGGUUCCUUACAUUCCAGUGUCAUAACUAGAUGCAGACUUCAAGGUACAACGAGGAUGAAUUCUGGUGGGAUUUUAAUCUAUCCCAGACACUGAAUGAAGAGGGAUGAGGGGAAAAGCUUUUAGUGCUGGUACUAUUGCUGUGGUAAAUGCACUUUAAUAUAUUUCCCUUUCUGAAGCUAAGUGCUUUAAGCAGUAUGUGGGGGAAAUUCAAAGGGAUACAGCCAAGCUUUCCCAAUACCUGAUUGUUUUGGGGUUUGAGUUCCAUUUUGGGGCAGGGCAGUGGGAAGAGAAUGGCAAAUUCUUGUUUUGCAAUCUUUUACGUCACUGAGAUAGGAAGCUCUUUAGUAAAGGCAGUAGAGGAAGGAGUGACCUGCAACCUGAGCAACUUCCUCUUUACUGUGGAACUAUUUGUGUGCUUCGGGGAAACGCUCAAGAGAACCUACAUCUGAUUUGUUAUUUUCAGCUUGUGCCAGAAGCUGAUUAACGGCUCCCCAGCCCAAACUGCUGAUUUUUAAGGGCACUCUGAGUGCUCAGGCAGUGCAGCACUCAGCCCAAGGGCUGGGUGCAGGGCAGUGAUGACUGACAGCAAAUGCCACUGAGCAGCUCACACACAGCGACCGCACCAGUGUGGGAGAAGCUGCAGACUGACAGGUACAGGCCAAGCGAGAUGGAUGGAUGAUGCCUGCUUGCUGAAAUCAGUGACUGCAAUUUGGACUGUCUUCUCCUCAGCCCAGCUCUUGGUUGCUCAAGUCCAUGUCCAUGUUACUGGGAUCUGCCAGUUCUCCACUUAGCCAUGGACUUGGCUCAAUUCCUGACUCGAGGCAAGCAAGUGUUCCAGUUCUGGCUUACCUGGAAAUCUGUCACUCAGCUCCACUCGUGAGUCCUCAUGUGGUCACUGGUGAGGAGACUGUAGGAGAGUAAUACCGACCAGCACCAGCCUGACGUGGCCAACAGAAGGACACAGUGGGUCCCUGGUAAUAAUUACUUAGUACAGGAACAAAAUCAAGCCUUUUUCCCAUUAAAUUCCCACCUAAAGGAUGCAGGUUUGCAGGUUUCGAUUCCCUGGCUGAGAGAGCUUUCUCCUGUUCAAAGUCAUUGUUUUUAAUUCUGGGUUGUGUUGCUGGAAUGUGUGAACCCUCAUGCUUCCCCUGUAAAAGCCUCUCUUUUGUUGUCUCAGUGCUUCUCUCCCACUUUGGACAGUGGUAUAAUCAUUUUAAAUAUGUC